AUGAAUGACAAAAUAAACAAUACUAUAACAAAUAAAAAAAUCCGCAACGAAAGGAACGAAACAACUGCCGCUCGUCAGAAGCCAAAGUUUGGUGGUGCGACCAGAAGACGACUUAGUCGCCUUUUACAGAGCGGAGUACCAUACGAUACCGCCUUGAAUGAGAUCAUUAAACGUAAAGAAAAAAUGCAGGGGUCGAGAGGAAUGAAAACAGAUCUGAUAACUUCUAACAAGCGGACAUCCGAAGCUGUCUCCGAUAGGAGAAUGAGGUUAGCUGGUAGAGAACCGGAAGAAAAACAUGGAACAAAUAAAAUAAGAACAGAUAUGGUAACCCCUAAAGUGGUGAUACCAAGGUUUGCAGGUGCAACGAGAAAACGACUUAGUAAUUUUCUCAAGAGCGGGAUGCCAUAUAAGAUAGCCUUGCACCGAAUACUUAAGGAGCUGGAAGAAAAACAUUCACCACAUGAAAUAACGUCUAGAGCUGCUUCCGAAAAAACGAUGAGGUUUGCUCGUACGUCAUCUGACCGAUUCGAUGACCUUCUCCAGUGCGGAAUACCAUACGAAAUCGCCUUGACCCAAAUACUCAAUGAGGUGGAAGAAAACCUUGAAACCAUCGAAAACCUAAACAAACGCAUGCGCGUAGACAUGGAGAUGAGAACACCAUGUGCUGAAGAUGAAAUGCGAUCCUUUAAUAAUGAAUCCGAGGACGUCAAGGUGUGCAUAGUCCAUCCUGAACAUCCAAUCGUCAUGCUGACCAAUGACCAGCUGGAUAUACUCGAAAGAUCUAUAAUUACCGCUGUGGAAAGAACACCAGAAGAUGGGCCGCAAAUCCGUUUCUUGAACUACGCAAUACGCCCCGGACAACUUCUACUCCACUGUGCUGAUGAGACGACAUUACGUUGGAUGAAAGGAACUAUGGGUUAUCUUCGUCCGUGGAAAGAUGCCCAACUUAAAUUGGUGAAAGAGUCAGUGCCUAAACCCAACAUCUACACGGCAUACAUUCCAGAUGAUGCAGACUCCGAGAGAUUGACGGGAGAAAAGGUAUUAAAACGUUUUAAGGUCAGUAACCAUGCUCUUCGCACACAUGAGUGGACCAUUUUGCACAAGGAGUUUGUGGAUCGUGGUCAAAUUUUGACGUUUUCACUAGACGAUGUCUCAAUAACGGAACUGGAACGAAUAAACUUCCGACCAUUUUUUGGCUUUGGACAGGUUCAAUUCGAGCUUAUCAACUCAAAUAAAAACGAUCGGCGACAGACAUCGUCUAGAUCUGAAUCUUCGAGGAGGGCCCCAGAAACAGUAACGAGUGGACAAUAUACUCAUAGUGAGUAUUUACCUGUUCAAAGGAUCACCCACAUUGAUCUUACAAGAAGAUCUAGGUCACCUAAUGAGAAGGGAAAACAACCUCUAUAUAAACAGGUACCGCGUAGAGGCUCCCAGACAGCAGACAGCAGUAGAUAUAGGAGAGAGGAACGUAAUCUCACUCCUUCUCCCCCUCCUCCACCUUAUUUCUUUUAA